AUGAAGUUUCUCUUCCUGUUUCUUGCCAUCCUUCUGGCCAUGGAACCAGUGGUAUCAGAGGAAGAAUGUUGGAUGAAGGGAAAAUGCCGGUUGGUGUGCAAAAAUGAUGAAGACAGUGUCACACGCUGCUCAAAUCGUAAACGGUGCUGUAUCCUUAGUCGUUAUUUGACAAUCGUACCAAUGACAAUUGAUCGAAUGCUCCCUUGGACCACUCCUCAAGUGACACAAGGAGACAGUUAA